AUGUAUGUGGCCUGUUACUACAUGAUCGUUCUAUUUCCAGAUUGUGAAUGUGAAUCACACGAUGGUGUUGAAUAUUUAACUGCUGGUAGAUUUGGUAUUGUGAAUUAUUUCUAUUCACCAGGCAGCACCAAACACCCCAAUUAUACUUAUUACGAUGACCAGUUUUGCUCCUGGCAGAUUAAAACAGAGGAGAGUUCCAAGGUCGUGAAUCUCCACAUAACUUUACUGCACAUUGAGGAAGACCUCAAUUGUCGUUUGGAUUACAUCACCGUAUACGAUGGUGAGGAUGCCAACGCAACCGAGAUGGCCAACCUUUGUGGAGUAGAUGAAUCGCCGACCUUUUACAGCUCCGGUCGUUAUAUGUUUGUCACAUUUACCUCGAACCAACAGAAUCAUUUCCGUGGUUUUGCCGCCAAAUAUGCGUCUGCUACGUCGCCAUCCGCAGGACAUGGAAGCGACGCAACGUUGGGAGCAACCAUUGGAAGUAUUGGUGCUGGGACGCUGGUAAUCGGCGCCAUUUGUUGCUGCUGUUUAAACAAAGGGAUUAAGAAUCGAAGUAUCAAACCAUCGACGACGUUCCGUUUCGGAAACCGAGGAGGAUUAUUCGGACAGACGCAUCAACACACCAGUACGACGAGACUGUUCAAUCAAACUCAACCAACGAUCCCUCGGCCGAACAUGCAGGGUGUGUUCCACGUUCAGUCCGGUACGGUACAAUUCAACAAUACUCCUUUACAAACUGCUAAUGGAUUUAAUCCUCCACCGUCCUAUUCGUCACUGGGUCCACCAAGACAACCGUCAAAUCAAGGCAGACCAAAUGGUAUGUCAUCACCACCAGAUUCGAAUCGAUCAGCUGGUCCGAUCUCGCCUUCAAAUUUGGAAUUCUCCGACCCUCCUCGCUACUCGUCCAUUGACCUGAACGGAUCCAACAGUAAAGUCCCACUCUGUUCUAAACCUGCUGACCCGAAUUGGAAUCCGAAUAAUUCAGGCAACCAACCAUCAGCCCCUAAUGCGUCCUAUACAGCCAACCCGGAUGCUCCUUGGUCCCCACCUCCGCCUUAUAACUAUUCUUUCUAG